AUGAGCCGCGACGCCUACAGAGGGCCCAAAUUGCCCCAGAGUCUUUUGGACCGAGUCGGAAACAGCAAUGACUCGAGGUUCCAGCAGCAUGGCGGCGCGCGCAAGGCUCGGCGGAAGGCUGAGAGGCUGCAGAAGAAGACCGCUCGAAGUCAGCCAGCAGCAAGGCGGCCGGUGGUGAAGAAGAGGCAGGACGUUGAGUCGGACGAUGAAGACGGGGUAGGAGAAUACGAAGAGCAAGAUGCUGCACCAACGCCUCCAGCCCGAAGGAAGGGCCGGGAUAGCGAUGUCAAACCGCUGAAGUCCAUCUUGAAGAAGAGACAGCCGGAGCCUGUGCCUGAGUCUGAGAGUAGCGCCGAGGAAUAUGGAGACGAAGAUGAAGCACCAGCAGCUCCUGUCGUGUCCCGAGCUGUCAAGUCUCGGUUGGAGGAGGACGAUGCUGAGAUUGCUGCUUUGGAGAAGAAACUCGGCAUGAGAGGCAAGAAGUCAAAAGCAAAGGACGACGAUGGGCUGGACUGGCUGGUUGAGGGAUCUGAGAGUGAGGAUGAGGGUAGCGGUUUGAAGCGUAAAAGACCGGAGGACAAGAAGUGGUUGCGUGAUAAGCGGAUGAAGGCUUCUGGUGGCGACGACCAACGUGAUCUGGCUGAUGAAGAGGAGUCCGACGACGAGCUUGCCGAGCUGGAUGGCCAUGGUACGGACGAGGACAAACUCGAGAACCCCUUCUCCGAAGACGAGGUUGGCAGUGAGGACUUUGGCGGCUUCGAGUCAGAAGAGGAUGAAGUGGCACCGCCGCCGAAGAAGAAGCAGAAGGAGAACCCAUACGUCGCACCGGUCACACAGGACGCUGCACCAGUCGCCAAAUACAUACCACCGUCGUUACGGAAGCCGGCUGCAUCAGACGAGGAAACGCUACGCCAGCUUCGAAGACAGCUUCAAGGUCUGCUCAACCGGCUGUCGGAAGCCAAUAUGCUAUCAAUCUUGCAAUCGCUGGAAGACCUCUACACGAGGAACGCACGACAGCAUGUCACUUCGACUCUCGUGGAUUUGCUUGUUGGCCUCGUCUCCGACUCGGCAGUGCUAAAUGACACCUUCCUCAUCCUGCAUGCUGGCUUCGCUGAAGCGGUAUACAAGGUGAUUGGCACAGACUUUGGCGCGCAGAUGCUGGAAAAGAUUGUCGAGAACAUCGACCACUUCCGCAGCAGACAGGCUUAUGAGGGCAAGCAAGCCCUGAAUCUGCUUGCCUUUCUCUCCUUCCUCUACAAUCUCCAGCUUGUAGGAGGUGCAAUCCUCUUCGACUACAUCCGCCUUCUCCUCGACGAGCUAUCCGAGAACAACACCGAGCUCCUCCUCCGCAUCAUCCGCACCUCCGGCCGCCAACUCCGAGGCGACGACCCUUCCGCACUGAAAGACAUCGUCCUCCUCCUCCAACGCUCCAUCGGCCAACUCGGCGAAGCCAACCUCUCCGUCCGCACCAAAUUCAUGAUCGAAACCAUCCACAACCUCAAGAACAACCGCCUGAAAACCGGCAUCGCCUCUUCCGCUCUCACCGCCGAACACCUCACCACCAUGAAACGCACCCUCAGCACCCUCUCCUCAUCCCGCCAGCUCAAAACCACCGAACCCCUCCGCAUCUCCCUCGCCGAUAUCCGCGAUAGCGAGAAGAAAGGCAAAUGGUGGCUCAUCGGCGCCUCCUACGCCGAUCCUGCCAAACACACUUCCACCCUCUCCUCAAAACCCACGGGCGGCCCGGACCCCGACGCAGGCUACGACUCCGAAACCCCCGGGACCGUCAACCUCGCCCGCCUCGCGCGCGCCCAAGGCAUGAACACCGACGUGCGCCGCGCCAUCUUCAUCGCCCUGCUCUCUUCUUCAAACUACGCGGAAGCGCAUAUGAAGAUCUUGAAACUGCAUCUGAAGAAUAAACAACAGCUCGAGAUCCCCCGCGUCCUCGUCCACUGCGCUGGGGCGGAGGAGGGGUGGAACCCUUUCUACGCGCUUGUGGCGCGCAAAUUUUGUGUGGGACGGGGGGUGCGGAAGGCUUUUACUUUUACUUUCUGGGACGUACUGAGGAGGUUAGAGGGGGCUGGAGAGGAGGAGGAGGAGGCAGAGGCGUGGGGGGUAAGGAGAACGGUGAACGUGGGCAAGUUUUUCGGGUGGUUGGUUAGUGGUGGGGGCAUGAGUUUGGCUGUGCUGCGGAAGUUGGGGCCGGAUUUCGCGUGGGGUGAGGGGGGGACGGGGAUGUUGGUGGAAGUCCUUCUCACGACUGUGUUAUUGCAGGUGCGGAGGCAGGCGUCGAAAGGCCGUCGGGGAGAUUUUCCCGCGGCGUCCGCGUCUGCUGCUGAUGGCGAGCAUGUCACUCCCAGCAGUGCUGGUGAGGGGACGCAGUCGUUCGAGCAGUCUGUUAAGUCCCUCUUCGCUUCGAUGGCUGGGGCGCAGGAGAUUAUUCCGGGUUUGAGGUAUCUACUAGAGAAUAGAGUGGCGAAGGCGGAGCUGGCGAGGACGAAGAAGGAGAAGAGGGAUGUGGAGACGGGGUGUGGGAUUGCGGUUGAGGCGCUGGAGGAGGCGGGACGUGCUGGGCCGGUGCUGGGACAAGGGGAAGAUGAGGAUGAUAGUGAGUAG